UAGGGUGUGGGGCUGGAUUUAGUAGGGGGACCUGCGGGCCGGGGUCGACUCCCUUGGCGUGUGCCGGCUCUUCUCCCUCCGUCGAUUCGGAGGAGCCGGGACGACCUCGGUCUCCAGCGUCUCCGGUGAACUGACGCGGGGGUGGCGGCCGGGAUGGUGGUGCUGGGCUUACUGCAAGCGGGCAGGUUGGUGCUGGAGCAGGCUAUGGAGCAAGUAACAGGCGGCAGCCUCCUAUCCAUGCUACUCAUUGCCUGCGCCUUCACGCUCAGCCUGGUCUACCUGCUCCGCCUCGCCGUCGGCCACCUGGCCCCACUGCCGGCUGGGGCGAAAAGUCCACCAUAUAUUUUCUCUCCAGUUCCAUUCCUUGGACAUGCUAUAGCAUUUGGGAAAAGUCCAGUUGAAUUCCUAGAAAAUGCAUAUGAGAAGUAUGGACCUGUAUUUAGUUUUACCAUGGUGGGCAAGACGUUUACCUACCUUCUGGGGAGUGAUGCUGCUGCACUGCUUUUUAAUAGUAAAAAUGAAGACUUGAAUGCAGAAGAUGUCUACAGUCGUCUGACAACACCUGUGUUUGGGAAGGGAGUUGCCUAUGAUGUGCCUAAUCCAGUUUUCUUGGAGCAGAAGAAAAUGUUAAAAAGCGGUCUUAACAUAGCCCACUUUAGACAGCAUGUUUCUAUAAUUGAAAAAGAAACAAAGGAGUACUUUCAAAGUUGGGGAGAAAGUGGAGAAAAAAAUUUGUUUGUAGCUCUUUCUGAGCUCAUAAUUUUAACAGCUAGCCAUUGUUUACAUGGAAAGGAAAUCAGAAGUCAACUCAAUGAGAAGGUGGCGCAACUGUAUGCAGAUUUGGAUGGAGGUUUUAGCCACGCAGCCUGGCUCUUGCCAGGCUGGCUCCCUUUGCCUAGUUUCAGACGCAGGGACAGAGCUCAUCGAGAGAUCAAGAAUAUUUUCUAUAAGGCAAUCCAGAAACGCAGAGAAUCAGGAGAAAAAAUUGAUGACAUUCUCCAAACUUUACUAGAUUCUACUUACAAGGAUGGGCAUCCUUUGACAGAUGAUGAAGUAGCAGGCAUGCUUAUUGGACUGCUCUUGGCGGGGCAGCAUACAUCCUCAACUACCAGCGCCUGGAUGGGCUUCUUUUUGGCCAGAGACAAAACACUUCAAGCAAAAUGUUACUUAGAACAGAAAACAGUCUGUGGAGAGAAUCUGCCUCCCUUAACUUAUGACCAGCUCAAGGAUCUAAAUUUUCUUGAUCGCUGCAUAAAAGAAACACUAAGACUUCGACCUCCUAUAAUGACCAUGAUGAGAAUGGCCAGAACUCCUCAGACUGUGGCAGGGUAUACCAUUCCUCCAGGACAUCAGGUGUGUGUUUCUCCCACUGUCAAUCAAAGACUUAAAGACUCAUGGGUAGAACGUCUGGACUUUAAUCCUGAUCGCUACUUACAGGACAAUCCAGCAUCAGGAGAGAAGUUUGCUUAUGUGCCAUUUGGAGCUGGGCGUCAUCGUUGUAUUGGAGAGAAUUUUGCUUACGUUCAAAUCAAGACAAUUUGGUCCACUAUGCUUCGUUUAUAUGAAUUUGAUCUCAUUGAUGGAUAUUUUCCCACUGUAAAUUAUACAACAAUGAUUCACACCCCUGAAAACCCAGUUAUCCGAUACAAACGAAGAUCAAAAUGAAAAAGGCAGCAAGGAACUAAAAUGUGAAACAUCACUGUAAACUGCAAAAGCAUUGAAGAGAAUGAAGUUUACGAAACAACUUCCAGUGUACUUUUUUUUGAGUGUGUAAUUUUAAGACAGCCAGCUUAACUUACGGUUUUUAUAUUUUAACUGAAUGGUUCCAUCAAAUCCAAUGGCAUUUCAGAAAUUUUCCAAUAGUCUUAUGAUGGAUAAAGGAAAACUAUAAAUUUUUAUAUAGUUGGUUUCCUUUCCUUUAAGGAAAUCAGGCUCAUUAGUUUGGGGGGGAUCUUUGGUAAUUGGCAGAUUCUAAGUAACACAAUUUCCAGGUAUUAAUUUUAGGAGUAUACAUAGCUCUUGGCAAGUAAGUUCAGAGUGUUCAACUCUUGUACUAGAUCUGCAAGUAUAAAAGCCCAGUGAAAUACUUGGAAGCCUCAGAUUAUUCAUUUGUUGGGCAAUGUAUGUAUGUGUAAGGAUGGGUGGGUGGGGAAUAAACUCACCUUUAAAGCCUUGGAUCAAAGAGAAUCCUAUUGGGCCUCCCUGGUGGCGCAGUGGUUAAGAGUCCGCCUGCCGAUGCAGGGGAUACGGGUUCGUGCCCCGGUCUGGGAGGAUCCCAUAUGCCGCGGAGCGGCUGGGCCCGUGAGCCAUGGCCGCUGGGCCUGCGCAUCCGGAGCCUGUGCUCCGCAACGGGAGAGGCCACAACAGUGAGAGGCCCACAUACCACAAAAAGAAAAAAAAAAAAAAAGAGAAUCCUAUUGUUUUGGGAUGAUGAGAUUUAGCAAUGAUGGAGCUAUAUUGUAGGAAAAUAUAUUUGAAAUAACCAGAAGCACUGUCUGUAGGAAAUUGAGAUCUAUGACAAUGAAUAAUUAUUGUUUUUCCUAAAAAAUAAUUAAUGAAAGACUGCUUGUGUAACUUGAUCUAAUUACUAAAUAUUACAUAUUUAUCUGUUUGAUAAAUUUGUAUCUGGUUCCACAUAGUUGCAUCUGUGUGGAAGUCCAAAAUAAAGUCCUUGAGGGAUGUUUUGUUCUUUUUGGCUCAAGGUGGUUCCUGCUUCCUCUCCAGAAUCUAAUUAGGGAUGUUUGUUACUAGUUCUGUUAGUUUAGGUUAACAAGCUUUUUAUUUUUUCUUUUUAAAUACAAAAUCUGAGAUCAGGAAAUCUGGCUUUAAGAUAAGGAUAAUACGAAGCCGGGGUCUUGGGAGUAUAUCACUGGUCAAAUUCUGUGAAGCCUGAGUUCAAGAAUCAACUCAAAUUAUAACUGGAGACGUAACUAUAUGAUACCUGUAAUUUGACCACAUACUUUGAUAUUACUAGAUGAGGUAAACAUACUUUCCCUUAUGUAUAUUACAGUUCUGUUUAAAAGGCUGGAGGACUCAUGUUAAACUCUAUUUGUGAAGCUAAUAUCUGUGUUGUUGAGUUUUUCACAUUAAAAUUAUCUUUGAGAGUAUAGUCUGCAUUCACAAAUUGUAAAGUGUGUGGUUCAAUGAGUGGAAUUUAGGAAUCUAGGAACUUGGAUGGGAAAAAAGUUCCAUCUUUAUUUGUUCUUAUUUCAAACUGUAAUUUAAUAUUUUCUUUAUCUAUGAAUUUAGUCAACAAACCACACUAGUAUUAGCAGUACUCAUGAUUUUGCAAACAGAAAUCACAUACUUUUCAUAUCCCAUUAUAGAUGUUGCAGAUCUCUUGAAAUAUCUUUAACUUUCAUCACUACUUUGACAUUACGGUAUUAUAGUUAUUAGAUCUGCUAGAUCUUAUUUCUUUACUCAUCACAAACAUUUUUUAAAGUUUGACUAUUUCUAUAUAGUUGGUUUCCUUUACAAUCCUGUGUAUUUUAUGUCUUUAAAAGCAUUAUUCUGAGAAGGGAUCCAUAGUUUCACAAGAUUGCUAGAGAGGUUCAUGGCACAAAAAAAAGUUAAAACUCUGGUAAGGCUGGUCCAUGUUUAGUGAAUAGUUUUAAGAAGACUUAAAAAAAGAUUUAGUUA